AUGGGUGAUUCAAGAGGUUCAAAUGAAGUUUAUUGCUUAUGGCAUAUUACUAUAUACAAUUGCCGUGACUCGGGAUAUUUCGUUGCCGUUUACUACGCAAACGCAGCUAUAUCCACUAUUGCUCUCAUUUUUGUCGGUAUAAUAGUCUAUAUGCGCGUAAGGGCACGUCAAAAGCUGGUGCUCUGGAAACAUGGUACAUUUGCACCUCUGGAAGGAUUUCUCCUAUUUGUAACAAUGUGUUUGACAGAUGUCUUUCCAACUAAUUGGAUUUUCAGAGAAUUAGUCUCCGACUUUCAAUGGAUGUUCGCGGUCAUUUGUAUAGUUACAUAUCUUGCUGGAAUUUUCCGCGCUAUUCCUCAAAUGGAAUUCUUCCAACCGUCUCAGGCACGAAUUACUAAUGUUUACGUCCCGACUCUGUCGGUAAUACGUGCUGGCUAUUGGCUGAUUAUCGUUUUCGCGAUAACUGUUCCCGAAACGUCUGCAACACUUGCUGGCUACUUCCGCAUGCAGAACAAUCAAUAUCUGACUGAUAUGUUCACUGCCGUCCGACUACUUUGCUAUACGGUUUCAAGUGUCUUGAUCUCGCUUGGAUUUAUAAUAUACGGGAGAAUGUUAGUACGUCUAACUAGUGCAAGCUUUAUGAUUGUACAAGGACGAGGUGCUGUUGAAGGAGACCGGACGUAUCCUACAGGAAUGUGGGAGCAGGAAUCAAGAAUGGCCCAUGACGUAAAUAGGUCGUUACCAGUAAUGAUUCAAUCAGAAAGAGAGCGAGAAGCUGAGAGGGCGCUUCGACAAAAAAAGUUUAAAUACGAUUUGAGAAGGAUGCGAACAUUCAACUACGCAGCUAUAUCAAUAUACGGAUUUUUCGGCGUUACGUCAUUUGCUCUAGCUUUCUGGUAUAAACUCAUAUUUGCAAACAUGUUACUCUCAAAGUUGCAGGCAUUUGCAGCAAAUAUUAGUGCUGCAUUGGCCGCGCUGACAGUUUUGUUUGCUAUCCUUCUCAGUGAAAUGGUGCGGUGCAGAGGUGUGACUGGUGGUACCCGGCAAUGA